GAGAUAAAGUAGUGAUUAAAAGUAGUCGACCUUAUUCGGCUAUUAAGAGAUUUCUAGUAAUUGAAAAAAUAAGUGGAGAAAAGCAAAACCAGAAGCGACCGGAAAAUGACGAGAAAGGAAAAAGCAUUGUUGCAGCCAGAGAAAAUAUUAAUUUGGUUGGAGAAUGGGCGAAGACUUAUCUAACCAAAGAUAAUUUUUGGACGCGAGAUUUUCCAACGACGGCUUCCUCGGCUUUUUUGGUUAAUUUUUGUCCUAGUGAGGACGCGACGGUGAUUAAGUUAUUAAGAGAAAAGGGCUAUCAAUUACUAGGAAAAACGGCUUUGGAUGAGUUUGCGUGUGGAGGAGUAGGGCUUUAUGCGGCAACCGGACCGAUUUUUAAUCCCCACCAUCCUGGGCGAGUGGUGGGAGGUUCCUCGUCCGGUUCGGCGGUAGUAGUCGCCCAGAAAAUUGUCCCCUUUGCCUUAGGACAUGAUACUGGCGAUUCAGUGCGGCGUCCAGCCGCUUACUGUGGUCUAGUCGGGUUUAAGCCAUCUUACGGACUAAUUUCCCGUUAUGGGGUUAUCCCAAUGGCUUCUUCGCUAGACACAGUUGGUAUUCUAGCCAACAAGGUAAGCACCGCCCAGGAAAUUUUUACGAUUUUGGCUCAACCAGACCCUUACGACUUAAUAACUACCACUAAAAAAAAAUUUUUGCGACCGCCAAGACGAAAGAAAAUCGUGACCAUUGACAGGUUAGAGAAAUUUUUGUCUCCCAAAUUAAACAAACUAUACAGACAAGCCCAAGAGAAACUAGAAAAAUUAGGUUAUAGCAUCACCAAAAUAAACAUUCCUCCUCGUAUCCGUGAUAACUUACAACUCACUUACUUGAUAUUGUGUUCGACUGAAUUAGUUAGCCACCUCAACUCUCUCCAAGGGAUAACUUACGGGCCGCUUGAUGAAAAUGAAGAGAUUGCCAAAAAAAGAAGCGACAAUCUUGGACUAAUAGUCAAAGAAC